AUGGAUAAGAAGAGAAAAAGAAGCAGAAGUCCAGAGAAGACCUCAACUGAAAGAAGAGAUAAGAAGAGGUAUCGAGUGGAGGCCAUAACACCGCCGGCCCUCGAUAUCAAUAAUUAUCAGUUGGUGAAAAAGCUGGGUGAAGGCUCUUUUGGCAAGGUGAUGCUGGCUUCUUAUGCCAUCAAGAAGCAACACGUUGCCUUGAAGAUUAUAGAGAAGGAAAAGGAGAUGAGCCACAAAGAAAUCAAGACGGAGGCUGCGAUACUGCGGUUAGGAAGGCUGUGUCCGUUUCUUAUACGGGCAUAUGCAACCUUCCAAACUGAGUCACUCGUAUUAUAUGUGAUGGAGUAUGCCAGAGGCGGAACGCUGCACCAGCUUAUCAAGCAAAAGGGAUACUUCAGAAGCCAUGAAGUGCGGUUUUAUUCAGCAGAAAUAGUAGUUGGAUUACAGUUCCUGCAAGAGUAUGGGGUUGUUCAUCGGGACCUUGAACCAGAAAACAUCUUGCUGAAUAAAGAGGGCCACGUGAAGAUCGCCGAUUUUGGCCUAGCCUGUGUCCAUGAGUUCAAAGGCUCAAAGGCCUACAAUGGUAUUAGUGGAGCAUCAGGAUAUAUGGCCCCUGAGGUUUUGGCGAACACUGCAUACAACGCAUCGGCAGACUGGUGGUCAUUCGGUGUCGUUGUUUAUGAAAUGGCCACCGGCAAGCUGCCCUUUUCGCCAGAUGGAACCUCUAAAAAACAACUAGAGACCAUCAUGAACAGGGAGCCAUAUUAUCCUGAACGGGUUAGGCCAGAAUUGUGCGACUUCAUAAAACAGCUUUUGAAGAAGGACGUCAAACAACGCCUUGGAGUGUGCGCCAAUGUCCAGGACCACCCUUUUUUAUCUUCGGUUAAUUGGAGGAAUGUUAAAAAACUAAGACUGGAACCCCCUCUAAAACCAAGAAUUGUAAGUGCAAAACUGAAUCUAGCAAUGGCACUGAGCAUUCCCCCAGAACUAACAUAG